AUGGGAUUUUUCAUACUGCAUAUCACUGGACGCAUUUAUGGUAGAAUACCAAAAAUUGUUUGCCAACAUUUAGGUCUACUGGAAAACGAUAAUCACUGGGAAAUUACAUUAUCUGAAGCUGGACUGUCAUGCCUUCCUUCGCAGCUUCGCAGCUUAUUGGCAAUAAUAUUGACAACCUGCUCGCCAUCAGAUCCAAAAGCACUAUGGGAAAAUCACAAAGAUGACCUUAGUGAAGACUACAUGCGAGCAGCACGAGCUGCAAACGAUAAUACAAACCUGAACUGCUCUUUGCAAAUUUACAACCAAGCGCUAAUCGACAUAGAAAAUAUAUGUAUUUCAGUUAAUAGCAAAUCCUUGGAGCAUUUGGGAUUACAUUCUCCCGUUCGAGACAGAAUCGAUUUGGCCGACAAAGAUAUCUCCCGGAAAAUGAAUUACGAUAUCGAGGCUCUUCAUACUUUUAUAAGCAAAAGCAAACCUCUAUUGGUUACGGAUCAAACAGUCGCAUACGAAACUAUUCAAGGAAUGAUUAUAGACAAUAAGGGAGGAUUGAUUUUUUUGGAUGCGCCUGGAGGAACCGGCAAAACAUUUCUGCUUAAUUUGAUAUUGGCUGAUGUAAGAGAAAAGAAAGAAAUCGCUGUGGCAGUUGCUUCUUCAGGAAUAGCGGCUACCCUUUUGUGUGGCGGACGAACAGCUCACUCAGUUUUUAAGUUACCACUGUCUAUGCAAAUAUCUGGCACACCGAUGUGCAAUAUAAGCAAAAACUCAGGUCAAGGUAGGGUUCUAAAGACAUGUAAGCUAAUCGUGUGGGAUGAGUGCACAAUGGCCCAUAAAAAGUCGCUAGAAGCUUUAGACCGAUCUCUGAGAGACUUGAGAGGUAAUGAUCAACCCAUGGGUGGUGCCUUACUCUUACUGGCAGGCGAUUUUCGACAAAUUCUUCCAGUUAUUCCGAAAGGGACCGCCGCAGAUGAAGUGAAUGCCUGCUUAAAAUCGUCAUACCUAUGGGACUGA